AUGGCCGCUCAGAGCGCACAGAGUAAAGCGCUUGCUAGCCUUCUCAAAACAGGCGACUACUCUGAUCUCACGAUUUUAUGUGGAAAAGAUCAAUACCGAGGACACAAGGCGAUUAUCUACCCGCAACCCAACUUCUUCAAGGCCGCGGGAUGGCAAAUCAUUCCGCACCGCAACGAAGCUCGGCCAUCAUGGCCGCCCAGAGCGCGCAGAGCAAAGCGCUCGUCGACCUUCUCAAAACGGGCGACUACUCCGAUCUUACGAUUUCAUGUGGCAAAGAUCAGUACCGCAACUAGGGGAGGAAAGAAAACUCAGGACCUUGAUCCCAAGUGA